CGCCAUUGGAUUGCAGUUGUUAGCUCCCCAAUAGCGCCACGUCCAGCCCACCUUUAGUUACCACCGAAACCUUACAGUAAACCCGGCGCAUUCAUCGGAGGGGCAAAUCACGUUUCCAUCCCAAAAAAACACAAACAGUCCUUCUUUGAAACCCGAAUCUAAGACCUACGAUUCCCUUUUCAUCUCUCGAAUAAGACACACGAAAAAUCCCCUCGAAUCGACGAGAAACAUGGCGCCUUUGACGGAGAUCACAACCCUCGACGAGUGGCAAGCCCACGUCGGAUCCCUUCCCUCGUCUACCCUCCUCAUCGUCUACUUCUACGCCCCGUGGGCAGCGCCGUGCACGCAAAUGCGCACCGUCCUCGAGGCCCUCAAAGACGAGCUGAAGGAGCCGGCCAGCUGGGUAUCGAUCAACGCCGAGGACCUCAGCGACGUGUCGGAGAUGUACGACGUCAUGGCCGUGCCGUACGUCGUCCUGCAACGCAACGACCAAGUCAUCGAGAGCAUCAGCGGCAGCAACGCCGCUGUCGUCCGCACCGCCAUCGAGAAGCAACUCAAGUCGAGCUCAGGCCAGCCCCAGACCAACGGCACCUCCGCCACCACCAACAACGGGGACGCCAGCUCCGCAGACAAGAUGGCCGUCGAUGACGAGCUGUCCCCCGAGGAGGAGCUGAACAAGAGACUAGCUGGCUUGGUCAAGGCCGCGCCUGUCAUGCUGUUCAUGAAGGGCACGCCUAGCGCGCCGCAGUGCGGCUUCUCCCGCCAGAUGGUGGCGAUCCUGCGCGAGCGCAGCGUCAAGUACGGCUUCUUUAACAUCCUGGCCGACGACGACGUGAGGCAGGGUCUGAAGAAGUUCGCGGACUGGCCGACGUACCCGCAGCUGUGGGUUUCGGGCGAGCUGGUUGGUGGACUGGACAUCGUCAAGGAGGAACUAGAGGGCAACCCGGAUUACUUCAAACAGUUUAGUGUACUCAAGGAGGACGAGGCUGCGGCAGCAUGAACCUAGACGUCUGUCUACACCUAUGAUAAGAAUGAAUUCCGGUUGACGAUAGGGGCUAUGAUUGACCUACCUAUAAGGCCGGGGAUGCUGAUGAAUGACUUGAAAUGUGCGGCCGCGGGGUAAAGGGGGUAGGAAUCGGCGCAACACAAUGAAUACUCUUAUGGAAUGGGGUAUCAAGGGCCAUACGGCUUAUGCUUCGGCGUUUACGUUAGGUAUUCGAUGGGAUUCACGUGUCUCCCCUGCGUAGCUAGGGUUCGGUAGGAUCUCAAGGUUGAUGCGGUUAACAUACCGAGGGACCUUGCUGGAAACUACAGAUAGCUUCGCAUAUCAUGAUCACAAUACGAAUAAAUUGACCAAA